UGAAUCUGAAAUCUGAAAUCUUAAAAUCGAUAUUGGAUAUUGGAGUGGUAAUACAAUGUAUACGGUACGUCAGCGUUAAGUAUGUAAAACAUAGGGUUUUCCCCGGAUUGAUCCAGGGUUUUUUCGCGUUUUUGGUUAUAAAGUCACUUUGCUUUCAAAACGAUUAUUCACGACUUUGACACGUUUUUCUUCGUCUUCGUGUUGUAAAUCAUUCAACAUUAACUUUGAAGCUCUGUGGUUACUAUCCCAGGAAUGUAAUUCAGAUUGCCGGAAAAUGCUAUGAGGACUUUAUCGAAUCGUCGGUUCUACGUUGUCUUCCUACUAAUAGUUAUUUCAUCAGUCUUAAUUUUUAUAUUUGCGAACCAACGGCGUUUAAAAUGUCAGUUUACGCAUUGUUUUAUGUCUCCGGAAGACUUAAUAAAAGUAUCAGAUUCUUCAUUUACUAGUGACAAUUUUGAUGUUGCUUAUGGCGAUCACAAAUCCUUUCCUGUUGUUAUUUACAACAGAAUACCUAAAACAGGCAGUACAUCUUUGGUCAACUUAGUCUAUCGACUUAUAGCAGUAAAGCGUAUUCAUACACAUGUGUUACACGUGAAUAUUUCUACAAACAGACAUUAUAUAAAUCGUCUAAGUGAAUUAUAUCUUAUCGAUAAUUUAACACAUUGGAAAAGUAUGUAUCCACUAAUGAUUCAUGGUCAUUUCGCUUACAUAAAUUUCGAGAAAUAUGGUACAUCCUUCAUUCCGGUAUAUAUCAAUAUGAUUAGAAAUCCUUUAGACAGAUUAGUAUCAUAUUAUUAUUUCAUACGAUAUGGUGAUGAUUACAGACCAUAUUUAAAACGUAGGCGUAUGUCGGACCCCGUCAUUCGUAACCAGACGUUUGACGAAUGUGUUCUAUUGAAAGGAAAUGACUGUAAUCCACAACUCCUUUGGGUUCAGGUACCGUUUUUUUGUGGACAAGCUGUGUUUUGCAGAAUACCUGGUAGUCGAGCUGCUUUAGAAACCGCUAAACGACACGUUAUUGAAAAAUACCUCAUUGUUGGUUUAACAGAAAACUUUGAUGAAAUGAUACAAAUACUUGAAGUCCUCUUACCAACUUUCUUUUCAGGCGCUCAUAAAUUAAUAUCUAAUCCACAGAGCAAUUGGUAUUUAAGACGUACAAGUCAUAAACUACCUAUAAGCCAAGCAACAAUUGGGUUUUUCCAAAAAAACUCCAUAUGGCAGGCGGAACAAGAAUUUUAUGACUUCGUGAGUAAAGAAUUUCACUCACUUUACAACAUUUUCCAAAGUCGAUCCUUGCAAAAAACACCUUCAAAAGAAAAGAUCAUAUUUGACAAAAUAAGUUCGUAAUUGAUGUGACAUAAAGAAUUUUGUAUCAUACUUUAUCUUUAUAACUGUAAACGCUACAUGUCUGUCUUGAUUUUUUCUUUUCCUUUAUUCAUCUUCGAUUGCAUUUAUAUAAAAUAAAUAAUUUGUAUUAUCACGCUGUGAAUCUAGAAUUCUAAGUAAUCUAGGCGUAAUCAGUAACCUACAGUCGAUAGGUAUGCGGAUUGAAUUCAGUUUCAGUAGCUGAUCUUUGAACACUUAUUAAUCAUAUUACCUUUUUGCAUGAAUAUAUAGGUAAUUCGUACUCAAUAGCUGGCCGAUAUAC